AUGACGCCUCGUCCGGCCAGAGAUGCCAAUCCAGCUCCUCCACUCACUCCGCAGCACGUGUACUCCAUGAGUCGGGACAGCACGGCCGUCCCAACCUCAGCAGCGUCCUUUGUCCGUCGCCAGCUUCCCAACACGUUCGCCCAGCACCGCGACAAUUCGAGCAAUCUGGGCCUCACCAACAGAGUAUACCCGGUGACGUCUCAGAUGGUCGCUGCUGGGCAACAAUCAGUCCCUCGAACGAAUCAUGCCACAGACAUGGUCAGCAAGCCCCAUCGCGCGGGAGAAACCAUCUGGUCUACCGUCCCGAACGUGCAAUGGCACAACUAUGCUACCAACCCGCCCACGCCAACCAAUUUCGACAACUUGUCUGCGUUCCAGAAUCUGACCAUGGCCCCACAGCAGACGCUGACUUCUGCUACGCACAUGCCUGAACUCACCAUCAGGACGGACGGCCACCACGUCUACCUCGACCGUGGAGGUGGUAAAGUAACAAGGCUCGUGGCUGUUGACCGCUUGCCAUCUCUACAGGGAGUCAGUGCCGUUGAAGAUCUGCGGCUGGGCAUGGAGAUUGUGUCCAGCGUUCGUGCCCUGGGUUUGAAUGAGCGUGUCAUGGUCCAGGCUUCGCCUCUUUCGUCUGUAGGUCUCCAGUCUCAGUUGCAUUUCUUCUCCCAGUGGUAUGGCGAGUGUGCUAACGACUUCCAGCAGCAUCGAACCGCGGGUUCUGUUAACACGAAGAAGACAAAGAUAUACUGCGACAAGUGGAUCCACGAGGGCAUCUGCGCCUUUGAGCAGCAAGGCUGCCGGUUCAAGCAUGAGAUGCCCCAAGACAAGGACAUCCUUCAGAGCCUGGGUCUCUACAAUGGCGUGCCGCCUAUCUGGUGGAGAAAACACCAGGCCGAGAAGAACCGUCGCUCUCCAGGUUCGGCUGGCCACAAGCCCUUUGACGAUGUCGGCAAGUCCACUGGCGACCGGGACAACGUGGCACUGGCAAGCAACAAGCCUGACGCGAACUGGCGACGCAGUGAGGGCAGCAUGCAGGCCGGUGAGGACACUCCGGAAAAUCGAGAUCGACCAUUUGUUCACAUGCUGACUACCUUCAAGGGAGACGUCCUGCUUCUCUGCAAUCGGGCACGGCGAUCACACACCCAUUUGGCCCCAUUCAGCCGCCCAGACCCAGCAGAGAUUCUUGGGUGA